AUGUGCUCAGUCUAUAAUACAAUAAAGUUGUAUAUUAAUUACGGUAUAAUAAAGCAUGCGGGGGACGAGGGGGCGCGCCGCGCUCUCAUAUUCCGUAUAUUGAUUGUGUGCGAGGGGGCCGGGGCAAGGAGGGGGCCACAGCGUGCCCCACUCUGUUUUUUACGACACGGCUUUCUGUGUAACAUAAUUAUUGUAUUUAAUUUUGUGAAAUGUUUCGGUGUUUUUUGUGAAAAAUCGAGAACUCGGAAAAGUAAUUUCGAGAUGCAGGGGCUGGUGAGCGAUAAGACGUUCCACUUGAAGUGGAACAACCACCUGCAGAACUUGAGCCAGUUGUUCUCGACCAUCUACUCGUCGUCGGCGCUGGCCGAUGUGACGCUCUCCUGCCGUGACGGCACCCUCAAAGCACACAAAUUAGUGCUCUCAGCAUGCAGUCCUUACUUCGAACAAAUAUUCAAGGACAAUCCUUGUCAACACCCCAUAGUGAUAUUAAAAGGGAUUCCCUUCUCGGAGAUAAAUCUUCUUGUGGAGUUCAUGUACAAAGGAUCAGUGGACGUGCAAGAAUUAGAUCUGCAGUCAUUGAUGCACACAGCAUCAGAGUUGGAAAUAAGAGGAUUAGCAUAUGAGGCUCGGGAUAAUGCUGCUCAGAUGUUGAAUGUAAACUUGGAGUAUCCAGCAUACCCACAGACUCAGGUCACUGCUCAUCAAACCUUCCCACAGUCCAGAACUGAUGUAGAGCGAUUAAAGCAGAUCCACUUAUAUCAACAAUCCAUGAUGCGCGCCGAAGAGAUACGGCGUCGACGUCGUGACGACAAUCCCGGUACUCACACAGCGGUCAACAAUAUCCUGGCAGCCGCCGCUAGGGAGAUGGAGGAGGCACGUCACGCCGCCAGAGGGAAUGACAGAAUCGUGGCUGGCAUACAGACAGAGCAGGAAGCGGCUGCUGCUGCCGCGUCCGCUUCCGCUGCUGCAUCAGCGUCAUCUUCCGUAUCCGCCGUCUCCAUUGAUUUGAAACGGGAGAUGGAAGACGACCGUCCGAAGAAGCGCCCUUCCAUCAUGUCGCCUGAAGACGAUAAGCUACGCGCCAAGAAGAAGAUGAGCGUCCGCUUCCAGGAGGACAAUAAGACUGACGAGCGACCGAACAAGAUCACAUCUCCUGGCGCCAUAAACAAUGAUUCUGGCAAAGCAGAGGACUCCAAUAAAACUGGUGGUAUCAAAGUGGUACAAUUGGCGGUGCUGCAGAAACCGACCAACAACGAGCAUGACGAUUCCGAUGGUGAGGAGAAACCUGGCAACAAGCAUGGUCUGGACGAUGACGAGGAGACAGAUUCUAGUGGUUCGGUAUCAGAUUCAGCUGCCAACGACUCGCAGGAGGGACGCCCGCAUGUCUGCGAUGUUUGCGACGUUAGGUUCCAGCGGUCGUCCCACCUGUCGCGGCACAAACUGACCCACACCGGCGAGCGGCCCUUCACGUGCGGCGGCUGCGGACGAUCGUUCGCCAGAUCGGACAAACUGCGUGUGCACACCAAGAUAUGUGAACGAGAAGACCCAACUGUGGACAUGACCAACGAGCCGAUAACAAAACGUGAGAACAGCUCUGAAGUGAUGUCAGGAAUGGUGAGGAGCACGCAUCGUGAAUCCGGACACUUGGUGUUUACAGCUAGCGGUGACGUCAUGCUGCCUCCGAGAGGCCCGGUGCUACUGAACUCCGGCUUGGACCCAGUGAGGAACGAGCUCCACCCGGGCGACCUGCUGGACAACCCGCCGCGGCGCGGGCGCGGGAGGCCGCGCAAGACCCCGCUCCCGCUCACGCCCAAGAUCAAGAAGAAGCGAGGACGCCCGCCCAAGACGUCGCUCGAUAUGGAGGGUUGCGUGCUGACGGGUGGCACCGUGCUGGGCGGGGGCGGGGGCGGCGCGGGCGCGGGGGGCGGGGGCGCGCAUCUGGCCGCGUCGCCGCAGCAGCUGCUGCUCAAGCGGAAGCGCGGCCGCCCGCCCAAGAACUACUUCAUGCCCAAGCCUGACGGCCGCCCCAACGAGAACUACAACGCUACGAACCUGCCCUUCGGCGAUUUCUCCUAUCUGACAGAGAUGAUAUACAAUCCGCUCUCGUACAACUACGGCGUGACCAGCGUCGACCCCGACAGGAACGUGGACGCGGACCAGACUAUGACGUCAGAGGCGUCUCACGACCGAACCAUUGACGUGUCCGAUUCCUCGUCGGAAGACGACGACAGUACUAAAGUGGAGCCGGAGGAGAACGUGCCGCCCGUCGCCAUGGAGACGCAGAUAAUGACCGUCGGCGACUGUCAGAUAGUGAAGCUGCCACCCACCAACGAGGAGAAGGAGGAGAAGCUGGAACAGCCCGAGCAGCCCCAGCCGGCCACGUCCACGCCCAGUUCGGUCACGAUAACGCCCAUCACGACGGUGGGCGAUUGCACGAUCAGACCAGUCGAGAACACCUAA